GUCGCCGAUGAAGGCAGUCCACUGGACUGGACGAAGGGAAGGAGAGGCGCUGCCACCGACCACGGCCGCCGCCGCCGCGCGGCGCGUCUGUUCGGGGGAAAGGAUGGAACCCGUACAGGCCCGUGCGGGUGCGUGGGCCGUGCCGAGGAAACGGCCCGCAGGCCCGAAGCCCGAGGCCCCAGACGGCGAUGGGGCGAGGCACCGGCUUGAAAUACCCCCGGCUUGGCGCCCAGCGUAACCGCCGCAACCAACAGCCAACAGAGCUCGCCUCCUCUCCCCGCCGGAGCGCCAAGAAACCCCUCGCACCCACCUCUCGCCACCGCGCAGCAGCGCGCGCCCACCGCCGGCGAGCGAUGGACAGGUUCCACGACGGGCAGCACGUGUGGCUGCGGAGCCGCGCGCACGGCACGUACCUCAACGCCCGCGGCGACGGGAGGAGCGUCUCCCUCCGCCGGCGCCGCGCCUCGCUCAAGGCGGCCUGGACGGUGCACAUCCACCAGGGCGACGUGCCGUACCUGCUCCUCCACAGCGCCGCCUACGGCCGCUACCUCGCCGCCAACGGGCCCCGCGCCGAGCAGCGCCACUACGACGAGCCGGAGGUGCUGCAGGCCAUCAUGUGGCAGGCCUUCCAGACGGGCAUCGGCGACGAGGUCGUGCUCCGCAACGUCGGCGGCCGCUACCUCCGCGCCAACCGCAGGCACCUCAGCUGGAACACCGGCGGCGUCAGCGUCGAGGACACCGACAACGCCGGCACCAUGAUGUGCUGGACCGUCCAGCCCAUCCCCGCCCGAGAGGCAGGCAUGCCUGACCUUCCUGCCCCGCCCAACCACUUCAUGUACACCGUGCUCGGCCAGGCGUGGCGGCUGAUCGAGUUCGUGCGAGCGAACGCCGAGGGGCUCUACGACGAGGACGACUGGCACAUGUUCGCUCUCAGGGGGAGGUACGUGAACCACCUGAGGAACGAGCUGGCCGACCGCAUCGCCUUCAUGGACGGCCAUGAACCCGACGGCAUCGCCAUGUGCAUCCGGGCGGGCCGCUACGGGAGGCCGACUCCACUCGUCGUCGACCUGCCCCGCUACACUGGCGGCCCCGCCGAGACCCACCAGAUUGUUGUGAUGAUGUCCGGGACCCCUGCGUACGAUGAGCUGCGAUACCCUGAUGUCAACGCAAUAUAGAGAAAGCUCAGAGCGGGAGGACACCUUUUCAUAGGUCGCGCCACCUCGGACACGAUGACAGCAGAACUGGAUACCUACGUUUGCCUGUAGACACAUAGAUAUAGGUUCAGAAAACUCAGCAGCUCUCGUGCUUCUUCGGCUAGCUAAACUUGGUGAAAAUGUUGCGUCCAAUUGCUGAACAACACUGUAGUGAUGAUGGUUGUAGUAGUCGUUUUAGCGCUGCUCUUUUGACAUUCAUCUCUCUGACGUGAUAUUGCCACUGCUUCAGAGCAUUUCACUGUAGUUUUUUUUUUUCUGCAAUGAGUUGAUUCUGCAGUUUAUUCAGAUCAUGCAUUCCGCAUAACUGGAAAUUGCGGUGGUUUUGCAGUGAGUUGAUGAUCCUGCAUUCCUGCAUCCCUUUUGUACUAUGCAUUUCUCUUAGAUAAAGCAUCUGAUAUGGUUGUUCUUGCUGUUA